AUGGAAAUAAUAGUCAUAUUAGCAAAUGGUCCUUCGAUACAAUCUCUAAUAACAUUAUCAUAUGAAACGAGCAUCAUACCAGAAGAAACAUCGACUGAAAUCAACAAGGAAGAAACAUCAACCGAAAUCAACAAGGAAGAAACUACAAGUCAGUAUAUACAAAGCACAAUUCAAACAACUAUUGGUAAGACAACAACAACAACACACUCUACUACGAGUUCAAUCAUUGGAAAAACUUGUUCUCGACCUCUUAUCACACUUUUUCCAAGUCCGUCAAGUCUUGAAAGUCCUUUACAAUUUCGACGAAGUCAAGACUUUUACAUCAGUGCAACGCUUACAUUAAAUUGUGCUGAAUCGCUUGACAUUGAAAGAAAAUGGUCAGUCUUUGAGUGUACUCCGAAUUGUUCUAUUGAAGCCAAAAUUGACUCAUCAAUAAAGUUAAUUCUAAAUGAAUUAUUUAUUCCAGCAAGAACUUUAUCUUAUGGUGUUUAUGAAUUAAAACUAACUGUAACAAUGACUGCCUCAUCUAAUCUUAUUUCAUCAGAGUCUUCUUUUGUUAAAAUCAAUCCAUCAGGUAUUACUGCCAAUCUUGUUCAAUUCGGUACAUCCUUGAUUACAAGCAGUUAUGAAGAAGACCUUAUACUCAAUCCUGGUAAUUUUUCGAUCAAUCCUGAUGAGACUACGUUCAAUGCUAGUGAUUGGACCUAUCAAUAUAGAUGUAGACUUUACAAUACAACAAAUAUGGGAACGGAUACUUAUAUCUAUGAUAAUACUAGCUCAUGUUUUUCAAAUCAAGCAGAUGUAUCAGCAUGGCGAUAUAAGCCUAUGAAUGAUUCUCAAUCAUCAGUGAGGAUUCAAGCUAGAUCAUUAGAAUAUAAUCGUAUAUAUCAAUUCAGUGUUUUUAUGAUUAAUCGUCGAAAUAUUACAUCUCAAGCCACUGGUUAUGUACUUGUAAACGUCGAAAAUACUCGUACUCCGAUCAUUGCUGUAGCUUGUGUAAUUUCAACAAUGUGUUCACCAAAUCUACAAUAUCAAUACAUUAAUCCAAGUACACAGAUUGCUCUCUUUUCUGUUUGUACUGGCAACUGUAGACCGAUAGCAAAUAUUCAUUGGAAUAUUUAUAAAGGUUCAAAUGAUUCAUUGGUGGCUGCUGUUGUUGAAUGGACUCAAUUUAAUCAUAUGAAUUCUUCUCAACAUCUUCAUUUUCUUGGAGUAAAUACAACUAAUUUCACUGCUAUCAAUACAUUAUUUACUAAAAAUCCAAAUAUUAGUUAUUGGCGUUUUGAAGUUGUUUAUUCAUUUUAUAAUGAAACAAGUUCGAGUGCAUUAGAUUUUAUGAUUAAUCAACCACCUGAAAAUGGUUCUUGUUCGAUUGAUCCUCAAAAUGGUACAACAACUACUUUAUUUAUAGUUAAUUGCACCGAUUGGUUUGAUAAAGAUAAUAUCUCAGAUUAUUCAUUUUAUCUUUGGUAUGAAAAGUCUUCUGAACUAGUGAUGCUUGCUUUCACAACAAGUUCUACCUUACAAAUAAGAUUACCGCCUAGUGAUGACAAUACAUCAACGCUUAACUUAACAGUUCAUAUUCGAGAUACACUCAACGGUGUAAGAGAAUUUUAUCUAGAAGAACGUAUUGUCGUUAUCCUGAAUGAAAGUUCCAUUAACACAUUUAUUGAUUCUAUACAAAAUACAAACAAUAAUGAUCCUAUCGUUCAAGCUCUUGCUAGUGGUAAUCAACAUAUUAUUGCACAAGUAACUACUAUAUUUUCACAAGAAUUAAAUAAGAGAAAUAAAAAAAGCUUGGAAACAGCUAUAGCAAAUGGCAUUCCUGCUGCAAAAAUUUCAGUAUCACCAUUAGGUAGCAAUAGACGAUCUGAGAUACUCGCAUCACAGAAAUGUUAUGAACUUGCUCGUACACUCAAAGCUAUUGCUAUGAGAGUUUCCUAUGAAGACGCACAAUAUGCAUCUACUCGAAUUUCUUAUUGUAUUAAUAAUGUUUUAACUGCUAUUAAUGCACCAUUACAACAACGAGGAUUUAUUCUUAAUGCUGAAUCAAUUUAUGAAGAUAGUACUGUUGAUGAUUAUGAGACUGAUCUUGAACUUAUGGAAUUAAAUUUAAAUUUACUUACUAAUCAGGAUGAUUUUUCAAGAGAAAUAUUGAAAGAAAAUCGAAUUCGUUAUAAUCAAAAGAAGACAGCAAAUGAAAUUGGUAAACAAGCUAAUGCAACUUUUUCAUUAAUCACUACAAUACUAAAAAUUCAUUUAAAUAUUGGACAAAACAUAAGCAUGAACUCAGCAUCAUUAUUAAUUAAUAUAGAAACUACAACAAUUGAAUCUUUAUCAAAUAAAAUAAUUAAACAAGUUGAUCAAGCACAAAUUCAUAUUCCAUCGAAUUUCGAAUCAAAUAUACCAAAAAAUACUACAAUAUCGCUUCGAUCAACAAUGCAUUCAUUAGCUCCAGCUGGUGCUUCUCAAUCAUCAGCAAAUACAAAUAUGUCAACAGCUAUUUCAUUAUCUUUACUUGAUAUUUCUGGAAAGGAAGUAUCUAUUCAUGCUAGUAAUAAACAACCAAUCGAAUUUUUUAUUCCUCGAGAUCCAAAUUUUAUAUUACCAAAAAGGAUUUUACAAAAUGUUACUUCAAAAUCUAAUGAAGAACUAUUUUAUUUAACUGUCAUUCAUACAAAUGAAUUUAUAACUAAUAAUAAUUUGACAAUGUCUGUACAUUUUGAAAUACGACCACUUGAUCGUAGUCUCGGCUAUAUAUUUAUCUAUAAAUUUGAUGGUACACCUUAUUUGAAUAGUUCGAAAAAAAAUAUUGAUGGCUGGUCUUUAUUCUGUCCAUUGAAUUUAACAGAAGAUGGUAUUUAUAAAUAUUUUAUUGAUAACCGAAAAAUAUUAUAUCAUAAAUUGAUUGUAUUUGGUUUACGAGAAUUAAAUUCAACAGAAAUUGAUAAUUUCUGUCAAAAUACGUCAAUUAGUAAUAGUCCACCUAUAAUUGAUGAACCUUUGAAUUUUACAUCUGACUAUGAAUUACGUAUUUAUACAUCUGGUUGUUAUUAUCUUGAUGAAUAUAAUAAUUGGCAAUCCAAUGGUUUAUGGGUUGGUCCAUUGACAGAUUAUAAUAAAACACAAUGUUUUUCUACCCAUUUAACUACAUUUGCUAGUAGUUUUCAAGUUUUAUUUCUUUCGAUUCAUACAAAUGAAUUUAAUCUUAAAAGAUAUCUUACACAAUUCAAUCAGUUAGAAUGGUUUACAAGACAUAAAUUUUUUAGUCAUGAAGAAUAUAUUUUCAAACAAAUUGACCAACCAAGGAAUGAUACGACACAUAACAAAGAGUUUGAUCCUUUUCAAUUAUCAUUUUAUCAAAUGUGCAGUAAUUUGGAACUUCAAUAA